AUGUGUCUUAGAAAAGUGCCCUCGUAUAUUGAGGAGCUCGAAGCCUGGGAGAGGAUGGAAGCCGAGCAGAGCGGGGGUAUUUCUACGCUUGACGGUAUCAACACUUCGACAGAGAUAUACAACUACCUAGAGUCAAUUGGAUCAAAUCAAGCUCUUGGAUGGAAACAUCUCCGGAUAGUAGUUCGAGCAGACGGUCUUAAUGCGGUAAAGCAAGGAGUUUCAGAGGGACUAUUCAGUGACGACUUCUCAGAAUUACUUAUUGAUCUAUGCAUCCGAUCUGGUGCAUUAUCUGAGGCCGAGGAGCUUAUCGCAGCUCUGGUUUAUCGCCAAUACUCUCAGCCAACUAUGGCAGACAGCUUCUUCACCGAGCUAGGAUGCUUUCGGCCUCUCUCGAUGUUAUGGACUUUUGCUAAUAAGCAUGGCCGUACUUCAUUUCUCCUUCGGCAGUAUUUGCUGUUGUUAUCUAAUGGCAGCCUCUCUCAAGAUUGGCUUGCGACGCAAGAGUUCGAGCGCAUAUGGGCAUUAGCUGCUCGGCACUUGUCCGUGGUGGAGGCGGCUGACGACGCCGUGGCUUUCAUGAACUAUUCCGUUUCGUUGUUGUGUCACCGGAGGCGAAUCCUUGCAAACGGAAAUGACACGACUCGCCUAGAAAAAAACAUUGCCAUGGCCAAUAAGCAGACACUAAUUAGUGCUUUAACAAUGCUAGCUGCAAUGAGUUCGUUAGGCGAAAUAGAACUUCAUACAGCAAGCGUUUCAGAAGUUGAGAUCGCAAAGAUAAGCUUCAUUGGCAAUAGGCUUAGAUAUAUCCUUAGAUCGUGUAUGGCUGGUCUAGAAUCGUCAAAGACCACGCGAUACGGCCUAGGAAAUGACUUGUUGCACUUGGCAUACUACAUCUCAUCGAGAGACGCUCGAGUCGAUAAUAAUAUCAGUUCUCAUCUCAAGUACAGCAUCGGACAAGCAUGGCGACAACAUACGGACCACAAUUCCGCAAGAAGCAACCGCACGAGACACCGUCUUACCGAUAUAGCCUCAUUUGUGUCAUCAGUAGCUCGCAGUUGUGGUCGAGGAAUGAACCUUGCGUCUCACAACUGUUUAGACAUGCUAUUUGGACAACUCGCGGGCCUCGAACUCGAUCAAGAAAUCCUGGAUAGCAUGAAGGCGAUAGCGGCUUUUUCUCUUGCGCAACAGACCAAUAACGUCAAAGACUUUAUCUAUGCGGAGAAGCUAGCCUGCAACCAACACUCGGCCGCAGGGGACGAUGCUCGUAUCCGACCUCUCUUCACGGGCUACCGGUGGGAGGAAACUAUAGGCGAGUGGGUUACAGUCAGCCCUAGACGUCUACCCCAGGCGAGAACAAGACAGCUUCGAUCGUCGUCAAGGUUAGAUGGAGAUCAUAUAGAAGACGGUACCGAGCAGAGAGCCACUCAGUCUGGGGUGGUCAUCUAUGGUGAAGCAGAUAGUGUUCCAGGCCCGGAAAUAGCAAAGGUGGAGAGCAAUAAUAAUGUACAGGCCCCCAAGCCCCCCAAGCCCCCCGGUCCCGAACGCGUCAACACCAAGAAACGUGCGCACUCUUGUUCUCAGGGCGACAAGCCACAAGCGGCUACGGAACCCCGUCGGAGCAAAAGCAUCGUCGCUCUAAAGUCCGUAAAAUUAGCCUACCCAACACUAGACGAUGAGCUCGGCUCCGAUAAGGAAAAUGGCGGUCAUUUCGUUCGCAAGAAACCAAGGAGGAGCAUCGACAAAAAGACCCUGCUUGGUACCAAGCUACGAUCUAGAUCCAGUCUCGCAAGUUCAGUAAGCUCCGGUAUUCCCGGGGACGAUUGUAGCGAGGAUGAGCUUUGCAUGUGA